AUGGCUACUAAUGAGCUUGCAUUAGCGAAACUUGUGCAAGAAUUCAACUUUUCGUUACCCGUCGGUACCAAACCAGAAGAUUUGGAUAUGUCAGAAGUCAAUGGCAUUGCUGUUCAUAAGAAGGUUCCUCUCCAUGUGGUUGUCGCAACAUUGUAUGACCACGUAAAUAAACUGAGCCCUAGUGUUCACCAUUCGGUUACUGAGAAUAAAUCCAAAUGGGAAAGGCCAUCUCCAUUCACGCUAACGUACGCUUUCUUGAUGGACCACAUGAUCGACUACUUGAGCUUAGCCGAUAUUAAGUCCGCGUUCGAACGCUCGUUCUCACGGUGGUCGGCUGUCAUUCCGGUGAACUUUACGGAAGUCGAUGAUGAUCGAUUUUCAGACAUCUCGAUAGGAUUCUUCGAGGGGGAUCAUGGCGACGGAGACCCGUUUGAGGGGAGGGGGGGACAACUGGCUCAUGCCACCUGGCCGGAAAUCGGGAUGCUCCAUCUAGAUAAAGGCGAAAGAUGGAGCGUUGACUUCGAGAAAGAGAAGGCGAAAUCAGCCGUUGACUUGGAAUCGGUGGCAACACAUGAGAUUGGACAUUUACUAGGAUUGGACCAUUCAAGGGCAAAGAAGUCGGUCAUGUAUCAUAGCAUUGGUUGGAGGACCAAAAAGGUUAACCUCACCGUUGAUGACGUAGCAGCAAUACAGGCACUGUAUGGAGCAAACCCUAAUUUCAAUGUCACUUCUUUGGAUCAUUCAUCAAGUUGGAGUAUUGUUAUGGAAGUUAGAAGAUUAACUGGGUGGACAUUGCUUUUGGGCAUGAUAGUCUGUUUAAUUUCAGUGAUCUGUAAUAAGUAG